AUGAAUUGUUUAGAAUUUGACCUUCUUGAAUCUAUUCUUUAUGAACCACCUAAUGGAUUUUAUUUGCUUGAUAAACAUUUAUCACGUUUAAUCAAGUCUGCUAUUUAUUUUUCUCAAAAUCCUAAUUAUGAAAUUUUUAAGAAUUGCACAACUGAAGAGUUUAGAAAAACAGUUGAAACUAAAUUAUAUGAACAUGUCAAAGAACUAGGUGAAAAUAUUAAACAAAGGGUGAGACUGACAGUGAACAAGGAUGGAGUUGUAAAUAUAACUAGUGCUACUUUGAAUAAUCUUCAUACGCCAGCAUUAUUAAAAGAGCCGUUAAGAAUAAUGUUAGAUACGACAUUUACAUCUUCAGAUAAUAUCUUUCUUUACCAUAAAACAACCAAUAGAAAAACUUAUAAUGAAGCUAGACAACAUUUGGGUUUAGGACCAAUUCCAGGAACUGAUACGAAGAAUAAUAUAUUUGACGCAUUAUUAUUUAAUGAGAAAAAUGAAAUUACUGAAUGUUCAAUCUCUAAUAUCGCUGUUGAGUUUUUUGAUGACGAUGGAAAACCAUUUUGGAAAACUCCUGAUGUCGGAUGUGGAAUUUUGCCGGGAGUAAUGAGAGAACAAUUGAUCGAAAAUGGUGACCUUAUUCCUGGUGUAAUCAGUAUUGAAGAGAUCAAGACUGCCCAACGAGAAGGAAGAAAGAUAAAAUGCUUUAAUUCUGUAAGAAAGGAAUUUCAAGUGGUUUUAGUUGACGAACCCUUAUUAUAA